CAAGGGUGGCAGCUCUGUUCGAGGUUCGUGUAUUGAUGCAAGGCAUUGUGUUUCUAAUUUUGAUUCCUAUUUUUUCUUCAUUUACAACAAAAUAAUUAUAAUCAACUACCUUGCGCGUGAUUUAAUUGCUACGUCAAGAUAAAGACUAUACAAAUUUCGAAAUGGCUGACAUUGGCGUUGUGCGCGAAACUGAAUUACGCAAAAAGGAAAUAUGCCGCUUCUGUCUGGUGCAACAAAGCAAACUUGCCUCAAUUUACGUUGAAAACACACGCGUAAAGUCGACCGCGUCGCUGCCGCUGCAAAUAAUGGCUAUAACAUCUAUAGAGGUCCAGAGCAAUGAUGGAAUGCCCAGCUAUAUCUGUUUGGACUGUCGUCUGCUUUUCGAGCACUGCUACCGCUUCAAGCAGAUGUGUAAAAAUGCGGACACUCUACUGCGACAAUAUCCGCUAACAGGCAAAUGGCCUGAACCACUGGAGAAGCCCCGUGCCCCAUUGAUAGCCAAUCAAAUGGGUGCAGCUAAGAAGGACUCUGCAGAAAUGCAACCCAAAAAGCUGCUCAACUCCAUGGCCAAGUCAAAUAAUGUCCAGAUUGAAAGCGUGCAGGUAUUGGAAACCAGCAGCCUCACCAAGAAGCUGCUCAACUCGGGUGCGGUGAGCUCUGCUGAGCCACCGAUUCCUCCAAGAGCGUCUCCGGCGAAACGCUCACAGGCGAAGUCAUAUGAAGUGAAAGUAGAGAACAACCAGGAGCUUUCCAUGGACGAUGUGCACAAUCUACUUGCCGAUAUGGCUGACGAACUAGAUCUGGGCGACGUAGCGCCUGCUUCUGCAACGCCUUCGGCUAAGAAGCCAAAGGUGCUCAACAAAUCAUCGAUGCGACUACUUAACAAAGGUGCCACCACACCAUCAGAGCCUCGCCUGGCCACGCCACAAAUAAAGCACUACGAGGAUGGCAACGUGGCGCUUGUUACGGAAAUACUCGAUACGGAUGCGAUCGAAUCAAAUGAUCCGGCUGCAGAUCCGAUAAAGAAUGCAGCGCCCGUAGCGACAAACGUCUUUCCAUGUCCCCACUGCGAUCGUUCGUUUCCAUUGAUGCAGCUGCUUGACAUACAUGUUGUCAAUCAUUCUCGCACACGCAGCUUCCAGUGCCCCGAGUGUGACAAGAGCUUCUUCUCCAAAUACGAUCUGCAGAAGCACAACUUUAUACACACAGGCGAGCGCCCAUACAAGUGCAGCGUCUGUGAGAAGGCCUUCACUCGUCGUGCUCUGCUGCAUCGGCACGAGCGCACCCACACCGAGGUGCCCAAGUUUAUAUGUGUUUACUGCGAGAAGCCGUUCAUCUCACGCAAAGAGAUGGAGAAGCAUGCAGAGCGCCACACCAAGAAGAGGCCGUUCCAGUGUGGAGUGUGCCAGAAGGCGUUCGCUUUUAAGCAGGGCCUGGAACGACACGAAGUCAUUCAUAGCACUAAUCUGCCGUUCCCGUGUCAGUACUGCAGUCGGAGUUUUGUGACCGCUGGUAAGCUGGCGCGUCAUCUGGUUGCGCAUGCCGGCAAGCGUGUUUAUCCAUGCAAGUAUUGCAACAAGUCGUACCUGCUCUCGCACCACCUGUCGCGGCAUCUGCGCAUGCACAAACAGGCCGUGGUGGCAUCAUUUACGUGCAGCAUUUGCAAGGAUUCGCAUCCCACUUACGACAGUCUCGUGGACCACUCGGUCAUCCAUGCCAGCAUCUCGUUGGUCUGCCCGCUGUGCCAGGCUAGCAUUGCUGACUUCGAUAGCCUGGAGCCGCACAUGCAGGCGCACAAGAAGAGCGAACGUCAUGCCUGCGAGUUUUGCGAUUUAAUAUUCAUGACCUCAGGUCAGUUGCAGAAACACAUCGAGGACGAUCAUGUGGUGGACAUGGUGCCUUAUCAGAAUGAAAGCGAAUACGAGCAGGGAGGCAGCAAAGCAGAUGCCGAGGAGGAGUCCGAAUUAAUGGCAGAGCUAUUAGGCGAAGAGUCGCAGACAGCUUCAAACGAAUCAGUGACGCCACCGCAGUCAAAAAUACGUAAACUCAAUCCGAGUUCCAAGUCAGCGGAUACCGAAAAAUCCAAACAAGAGUCACCGUCAAAGAGCAUCAAAGAUGAGCCGUCUUCGCCAGAGGUACUGAAAAGAUCUCGCACAUCAAAGUCACCCGCAGCUGCCUCCGUUUCGCCUGAAAACAAACGUCAAACGCGCCGGCAAGAGACCAAAGAGAAGAAUGUGAAACCAAGUGACUCGGGCAAAAGAUUGACUAAGAAAGUUUCCGCAAGUCCGGAAAAACCAGGCUCCAAGCAAAGAAACGCAAAAGGCACAAGCUCAAAGCAGCAGAGCUCCAAGUAGAUUCGACCCGGAUUUUAUUCUGGGACAGCAACGUUUAUAAAUUACAUUUGGCAAAUGUAUAAAAGGAUCAAUCACGAGUCAUUUUCAAUUUUUUAAAAACA